AUGGUUCAGUUCUUUGUCGAUUUCAUGGCCUCGGACAGCUCUGCCUGUCUUGAUGAGGCUGGAAAUCAGGAGGACGAAAUUGAUCACUCUGGCUUUGAAGAAGACCAUGUUUCGGAUAACGAAGUAGAAUACGGACGUUCCAGGAAUGAAGAAGGCGACCAUCCAGAUAGUGAAGAAGAAACAAGGAAUUUGGAUACAAGUCGGAAGUUCGAGGAAGUAAUUAAGGAAAAUGAAAAUCUUUUCUUGAGGUUUGAGAAAGAGAGAUUAGAAAAGGAUCAGCUGAUCGACGAAUUACUGGACAAGGUAGAGGGCCUGACCUUAGCAGGACUGCAGAUGGAAAAACACAUCAGACAACUCGAACGACUAAACAAAGAAAAGGAAAGAAAGAUCAGUUCAAUGUCCGAAGAGAUGCAGAAGCUGAAAAGCGAAAUGAUUGAAAAGGCGAAGGUCACAGAUGUCCAAAGGAAGGAAAACGAGGAGAGAGACCAGAUGCUAAUUAUUUUGGAAAACACGGUCUCAGUGCUCUCGAUGGAGAAGGACACUUUGCAUCGAAGUCUACAGCAAAACGAUAAAAGCCGAGACGAAAUGCAAAUAAAAAUGAACAAGCUGAAUCGGAGGACUGGAAGGACUUUCGAAAAGAGAAUGGAAGGAAAGAAAAGAACAUAG